AACAUUUGUAACAUUUCUUCAAUUUGUGUUGAUCAUCAGACAUGAGAAUAUUAAUUCUGUUCUGUUUACUAAUUGGAUACGCACAUUCGUGUGGCAGGACUCCGAGUUAUUAUCAUUCGAGGAAGAUCAAAACACCAGGAGAUAAUGGAUACGAAAUAAAAAUCAACGAGAAUCCUAAAAAAUAUGUACCGGGACAUCUUUACACUUUAUAUUUAUUGGCUCCAACGCUUCCAAAUUCAAAGUCUCUUCGUAAGUUUACGAGAUUCACCGUAAACGUGGAAUCUACAAACAACAACACGGAUGCUCCACAAAAUGUAGGAAGUUUUCAGUUAUACGGAGACGAAGUAGCUACUUUCAACGAAGAGUGUAUAAAUACAAUAUCUGAAGCUACCACUUCACCAAAAAGUGAGGUUAUAUUCAUGUGGUCCGCGCCUCCUCCAGGAUCUGGCUGCGUAACUUUUAGAGCUAUGGUGCUUGAAAAUGCAGACACCUGGUUUUCUGAAGAUGGAAAACUAACUAAAACUUUCUGUGAACAAAAAGAUGAGGAUGUUCAAUACGAAGAUGAUUGCUGCGCCUGUGACGAAGCAAAAUAUAAUCUAGUUUUUGAGGGCAUAUGGUCGAGUAAUACCCACCCUAAAGAUUACCCAACACUCUUAUGGUUAACGCAUUUUUCCGACGUAAUUGGUGCUUCCCACGAGAAAAACUUCACUUUUUGGGGCGAAGGACAAAUCGCCUCGGAAGGUUUUCGAAGUUUAGCUGAAUGGGGAUCAGUACGACUAAUGGAAACUGAACUCCGAGCUAAAAGUAAAUAUCUGAGAACUAUCAUUCGAGCAGCUGGAUUAUGGUAUCCCAAUGUUAAUUCGAAUACAUCUACGUCUUUCAAAGUGGACAGACGUCAUCAUCUUAUAUCUUUGGCUUCUAUGUUCGGUCCAUCGCCUGACUGGGUAGUCGGUAUAAACGGCUUGAAUUUAUGUCUAAAAAAUUGUACUUGGAAAGAAAAAUUAAUAAUAGAUCUUUAUCCUUAUGAUGCUGGGACGGAUAAUGGUGUUACUUACAUGUCACCAAACGCAGAAACGAGUCCUAGAGAAAGAAUGUACCGAAUAACUACAACUUAUCCCGAAGAUCCCAGAGCUCCUUUCUACGACCCUUCUAAAAAAGAGAUACCACCACUUGCGAGAUUAUAUUUGAAUAGAGAAAAGUUGAUACCAAAGAACUGCGAGGAUAAUUUUCUCAGCGCUCAGCUGGAUAUUAGUGAGAAUACAGAAGAUACAGUUAGACCUGAAUGUGCCGUUACAGAAUAUACUAACUGGACCAAAUGUUCUGUGACUUGCGGGAAAGGUUUACGCAUGAGGAACAGAGAAUAUAUAUUUCCGGAAAAAGCUAAAUUGUCCGGCUGUAAUAGGCAGCUCGUAUCAAAAGAAAUGUGCGUGGCUGCUGUAGCGGAAUGCGAAAGCGAGGCACAACCAGAUUCACAAGAAAUAGAUUCUCUUGAUAACAGUGGUAUUUGUGCAACUACGGAAUGGAGCGCUUGGUCUAACUGCUCCGAAAUAUGCGGUUCGGGAUAUAAGAUGAGGACACGGAAAUUCCUAAAUAAGAAUGGAAGGAAGAAAUGUCCCCAUGUAAAGUCAAUGGAAAAAGAAGAAUGUAUCAAUAGAGAAUGUAGACAAGACGAGAUUGAAGUGAAAGAUUCCUAUUGUCCGACAACACAAUGGAUGGACUGGAGUCCGUGCAGCGCUUCCUGCGGAAAAGGCAUCAAAAUGAGAACAAGACUGCUUUUGGUAGAACCGUCGAAGCAACAAGAAUGUAGUAGUCGUGUCGAACUUAUUCAACAAUUACCUUGUGAGGAUGUACCUACUUGCACUAUCGAUAUGAACACAGCAAAAGUUGUAUGUAUGCAAGAUGGUGAUCCAGGUCCAUGUCAAGGAUAUUUUAAUAGAUGGUGGUUUGAUGCGACAAAAUUAAAAUGUUUUCCGUUUAUUUACGGAGGUUGCAGAGGAAAUAGAAACAACUUUUUGACAGAAGAUCAAUGCAUGGAUACGUGCAAAAUAGUUAAAGAUGCCAUUACAGGAACUCUAGAUUCUACAGCUCAGCUUAGACAAAAUACUCGUCUUCAACCUACCAAUUGCGUUUUGUCGGAAUGGACAACCUGGAGUUCGUGUAGUGCAAGUUGUGGUACAGGAUAUAGGGAAAGGUACCGAGUAGUUCUGCAACAUGCUACCAAUGGUGGGUACUGUCCUAACAACCUUCAACAAAGAAGAGGCUGCUUCCUCAGAACAUGUUACUAAAUUAAUGUAUUUUAUAUACUAUAGCAUAAUUUUUAUUGUUCUAUUACAGUAUUCAGAAAGUAAUGAAUCUUGAUUUUAUGUGCCGAGCCUUACAUUUCACAUUAUAAGAUUUUCUAAAAAUAGUUUCACUUAUUUGGUAGUUUAAUAAAGAGGACAAAUGUGA